AUGAGGUGGACAGCGAUGGACAGUGCGUCUGGCGGUGGCGGCCGCGACAAUAGAUUCGGCAUGGGUUACGCGUCGAACAUGUCGCUGUUGGACCCGUCGGACAUUUACAACAACGGCGUCGGCGGUCAACAACAAAGGCCGUCCACGUCGCGAACACCGCCCAUGAUGGGAUGCGGUCCUGGAGGUCCAGUACACCAGCGAGGCAUCAAGCGGACGCUGGGCCCCGGCACUAACAUGUGCUAUGAACCGACCGAUCACCAUCGGUUGGUCGACGACAACUUUUCGCCUCCUUCCGUCAAGGAUGUUUCACCGUCAAACGGCAAGAAGACCAAGGGCCGUGUAAAAAUCAAAAUGGAAUACAUUGAGAAUAAGUUGCGCAGAUACACAACAUUCUCCAAGAGGAAAACCGGCAUUAUGAAGAAGGCAUACGAGUUGUCAACACUAACAGGCACUCAAGUCAUGCUAUUAGUAGCAUCUGAAACGGGUCAUGUGUAUACGUUUGCCACGCGCAAGUUACAGCCGAUGAUUACUUCUGAAGCUGGCAAAGCGCUUAUCCAAACAUGCUUAAAUUCACCAGACCCGUGCCCGUCUUCAUCCGGUGCAAACUCAGGGGACCAACGCAUGUCAGCAACUGGAUUUGAGGAGACCGACCUGUCUUACAACAUUGGUGACGACCACGAUUCCAAAGUAAGGCAGUUUGUGUACGGCCAACAGAGUCCUGUCCACCAUCCACACCAUCAGCAACACCAUCCCCAACACAUCAUGGCCAUGUCCCCGCCUGCUCAUCUCAUACCCUCAUCUAGUCCCAGCCCGCUGAUGCACACGGCCAACUAUCAGCAACAGUGCACAUCCCCGCUGCCAUUACACCAAUAUCCUCACAUGGCAUCCCAUUCACACAACCAGCGGUAA